ACAAUGCCUAGUAACACGCAGGCGCAGUGUAAAAAAAAUACAAGAGCUAUCUGUGAUCAGAGAUGGCGGGCGCCUCCGACCCCCUGGAAGAUAUGCUCUUUUCAGAGGUGGAUGAAAAAGCGGUGAGCGACCUGGUGGGCUCGUUGGAGUCACAGCUUGCUGGCCAAAGCAACUCGGCAGGUAAAACAGACGAAAACGGAGGCGCUGGCUCAGUGGCCCCCGCUAACCAUCACUUAGGAAAAACGCUACCAGCUCCAGUGGGCACCACAACAGUAGAACAACAACAACAAGGACGGCGGAAUAAACCUGAGAUGCGCCAAGAGAUCAACUCUAAAGACGCUCGUCCGGAUAAAAUUGUCACAUCUCCUGCUGUGGGCUGCACACCUUCUUUCGACCAGCCCUCCUCCACCACUCCAGCUGCCGGUGUGAACGCCACUAGCAGCGGUUUGCAAUCACAUGGAGCAUCCAUCACAACACUGACUGCAUCUGGUGUGUCAACUUUGGCAGCUACGCCGAGCAGCAUCAGCACCACAUCCAGUCUGGGGUGUAAGGUUUCCCCGGGUGCAGGUGAAACGUCGACGGAAGCUAACCCACCGAGAAAACGCAUCAGCACCCCGCGGAGGAACGCUUCUGCGCGGAUCAAGAGUUUGAACGGAGCCGGUGUUACGACCAGGAGGAACAGCAGCACAGCGGUGGUAGAAAACGUAAGCUCUGUGGAUACAACUACAUCAAACUCCACCCGGACAGCAACAGCCUCUAUUAACACUUCCACUUUCACUGUAUCUAACGCCAACCUCCCUGUAGGUCAGUCUGCUAUUGCUUUGGACCGGGGGACUCCCACCAUUGCUUUACAUAGACUCCCAAGUCACAUUGUGGCGAGCAUUGCCCAGAACGGCAGCGGGACCAGUGUGUCGGCCUUGGUCCAGCAGGGCACCCGUAUAUCAUCCCCUACAUCCUCAGUUUCACAGGACAACAACAGCAAAACCCUCACAGACACUGGGGCUUCCAAAACAGACGAUUGUCAGUCAAAAAUUGUAAUGUCAAGCCAGUCUGUCAAUUCUGUAAUAAACACUGUCUCUCCUACACCUUCUGCUGUCACACCAACAACAACUUCAACAGCAGCAGCAACAACAACAACAGUAGUAACUCAGACACUGAGCUCUCCCACAGCUACUGCUUGUGUUACAACAAGUUCUGUAUGUGGAACUGCUCAGACUACAUCAGUGACCACCACCAUCAGCAUGGUCAGACCCGCAGUCCCCUCCCCAACACCUGCUGUAGCCACCACCACACAGUCUCAACCUCGUCCUGGACUCACAGCACCUCAGAGGAUCGUAGCCCCCCAGCUGAUUGUGAGACCACCUCAGCAGCAGACGACCAUUCAGCUGCCCCCUGGGUUUACCAUCCCGCCGGGGAUGGUGUUGGUACGCACCGAGCUGGGCCAGCUGGUGAUGGUUCCACAGCAGGCUUUGGCUCAGGCUCAAGCUCAGGCUCAGGCUCAGGCCCAGAACAACAUCUCUCCUCGACCCCCCACUCCCACGACAGGAGCGUCCUUUAGAGUAACAACGCCACAGAAGGGCCCUGUGGCUCCAGCCGUGGCUGUGACGGCUCAGCAGCAGACCCCCGUGGUUAUGGCCCCCCAGGCCCCGGCCCAGGCUGCCUCCCAACCCGCGCCUCCUCAGACGGGAAUCGCCCCGGCCCCCGGAGCUUCUGUCGUGUCCCAGGAAAUGCAAGAGAAUGUCAAGAAAUGUAAGAAUUUCCUGGCCACACUCAUCAAGCUGGCGUCUCACAAUUCUCCGUCCCCUGAGACCUCCAAGAACGUCAAGGCUCUGGUUCAGGACCUACUGGAUGCCAAGAUUGAGCCGGAGGAGUUCACCAGCCGGCUGCAGACUGAGCUCAAGUCGUCUCCUCAGCCUUACCUGGUGCCCUUUCUCAAGAAGAGCCUCCCGGCCCUCAGGCUGUCUUUGCUGAAUAGUCAGCACUCCCUGACCCCACCCCCGCAGCAGGGAGUCAAACCAGUGCCCGGCGGCACCCCUCCUGCCAUCGUGGCUGGGCCAGCUGUCCGCAUACGCCACCCCAAUAGCGUCAGCACCACUUCGGGUGCCAGUGUGCUGCCCGGCGGGACGCUCGGACAUGCAGCUGCUAUGGGUAUGAAGACAGCAGGGACUGUCGGGGGCCAGGUCCGGAUGCCCGUUAUGAUCACACAGUCUGUCAGAGCACAAGGCACAAUGGGGAGGGGAGCUAUCAUCCAAGCAGGCAAAAGUCCCAUGGGCUUAGCUGUUCAGAUCUCUGGGAAUCAGAAAAACAAGCUCAACGACCCAGGAGGAGGGCUCUUCAGGGAUGAUGAUGACAUCAAUGAUGUUGCCUCCAUGGCUGGGGUGAAUCUUAACGAAGAGAGCGCCAGAAUACUCGCCACCAACUCUGAACUCGUGGGAACGCAGAUCCGCUCAUGUAAAGACGAGGCCUUUCUCCAUCCGGGACUUCUCCAUCGACGAAUUCUGGAAACAGCUAAGAAAUUUGGAGUCACGGAAGUUCCCAUGGAGGCAGUGACGUUCAUCUCACACGCAACGCAGUCACGACUUCGGACAGUGGUAGAAAAAGUUUCAACGAUCGCACAGCACCGUCUGGACUCCUGUAAGGAUGAUGAGUGCUAUGAGCAGAAUGCAGACGUUCGAUCUCAGCUUCGCUUCUUCGAACAGCUAGAGAGAAUGGAGAAGCAGAGGAAGGACGAGCAGGAGAGAGAGAUCCUAUUGAAAGCCGCUAAAAGUCGCUCCAGGCAAGAAGACCCAGAGCAAGCUCGACUGAAACAGAAAGCUAAGGAGAUGCAACAACAGGAACUAGCCCAGAUGAGGCAGCGAGAUGCCAACCUUACAGCACUAGCUGCCAUUGGACCUCGGAAAAAACGUAAAGUGGAUUCACCAGGGGCCACUCCAUCAGGGACAGAGGUUACUGGCAGCACGGCGGGCUCCCCGGCCAGCUCCUCCACCCCGUCCACCUCGUCACGCCAGUACACACGGCAGCGCAUCACCCGCGUCAACCUCAGGGACUUAAUUUUCUACAUGGAGCAGGAGAAAGAGACCGCCCACUCCCUCCUCCUUUACCGUGCCCUGCUCAAGUAGCCUCUGCUCCACUCAGCGCCCACCUCAGCCUCCUCCUCCUCCUCCUCCUACUUCCCCCUUUGCCACGUGCCUUCAGAUCAGGUCUAAUGUUUCAGCUGUGUGUCUCCAUUCGUAUCGUGACGUUUGAUGUAGCUUUUCAUAAGAACAGAGAGAAAGAGAGAAAAACGUACAAAAACAAAACAGUUGUACUGCGUCUUCUAAGUUUAGAUCCACAGUGUGUAGUUAGAUUGUUCAGUUCAAAGGCCAUAUCAAGUUCUUUGUGUUGGAGUUGAUGACGGAACAGAGUGGGAUUUGUUUCACUAAAUUCAUGUAGAGCUUGUUCCAUGUGUGUCUGGUAACUAUUUAUUUGACAUUAAAGACGGUAGCUUCAAUGAAUCACCUCAAAAAAGGAUUAUUUUGGAGAAGAUAGUAAUGUUCACGUCUCGAUACAGCCUAUGAUAUAUUCUCCACAACCUAUUUGUUGAACCUGGUUCAAUGAAUGUAGUUUAGCUGAACACAAUAAACGAGAGAUUUUACUGAUGAAGUCGUUUUAAAUCAUAAAGAUUCCAAAUAACAGCACCAUAUUCGAUUUCCUUAUGUGUAAAUAGUUCUUUUUGAAUUAUUUUACAGCAUGUAUAUUUUUAUCACGUAAGCUUUGUAAGAAAAGGAAUAACCCAUGUGUCAAUAUUAUGAUGUUUUGUAAAAUCAUGUGCUUUGAAUGAGUCAGAACUAGACGGUGUAUUCUGUUCACCUGUAGAGUAUUUGUGAUGAGACAGUCCCCAUGAUCCGUCUGCAAAGAUCUUCAAACCACGAUCGCACUCUGACGACAGUUUCUGAUAGGUCACCCUUGUUGUGUGUGAGUCAGUAUUUUUUUACCCAGGAAUAAUGUGAACAUUGUUUUUAUGACUAGUUGUUUGUAAGCUGUCUAGGAUGGAAGCAACAAUACUGUUAGCUCACGGUUCAAUACGUACCUCGGUUUUAUAGUCACAGUUUUUGGUUCGGUUCGGUUUUGACAGUCCAAGCCAUAGUAGUGUUUUUUGUUUUUCCAUUCAGAAGUGUUUGAAGUGAAUUUUACAGGAGCAGCAAGGAGAGAAAAAAAAGCUAUUUUUUUAAUUACAUAAUUCUUUUUUAAUUUUACUUUUAAUCAGAAAAACAUUUCCAUUUAUACACAUUCCUGUUGCAUUGUAUGAUAUGGAUAAAUAAACAAAAAAUGUUCUGUGCUCACAGGGAGUGACAUGUUGGCCUCUCCAACUUGCACGUAUUCACUGCAUGUGACAACCAAAUGAUUUCUUUUAUGACUUUCAUACAGGAAACGGGUUUGGAGUGCUCGGCGCUUUAUUUCCCAAUCCAACAUAAAGUUAGCCGUUACAGUGAGCAAACUCUCUGUUGCCAGCAAAGUUCAACUAUCUAUGGUUAGAGUAAGGCUCUGUCUUUCAGCUUAUUUGUUUCCAAUGCCUGUACAUGUUGUUGUUUUCAAGGGGACAGGAAUAACCUCAGUGCAUACAAAUAUAUGAGAGGGUCCUUUGUAUCACUGAUCAAGCGUUUUUAUAAGGUGACGAAAGCCUGCAUCUCUAUUCACUGAAAAUGGCUGUAAAGCCUUGGCAAUGAACGCCUCUUCUGCCGUGUUAUUUUUUUUGUGUCUCUCUGAAACAGAGGGGUAUUUAUGAAGAAGGGCAUCAGCGAUGAACUGUUGCUUUUGUUACCUGCUCGGCUAUCAUGCUUCCAGACAGAGACAUCGCAGACUGAUGCCACCACAGACACACAUUCAUGUUGGAAGUCUUUUUUUGUUUACACACCACAGAUUUGAAAGACGUGGUGCUUCCUCACAUUAAUGCCUCUCCUAUCUGCUCAUCAUGUUAAAGUAAUGAGUAAAAUCUGACACUAGUAAUGUCAGCUCCCUCAAACUUUAGCCCAUUGUGGUUAGAUGCUGAUUCGUGGGGAGUUUGUUCGUCCCAGCACGUGGACUCAAAGGCUCUCACAAACAGAGGAUAUUAGCUAGUCAUACACAAAACUGAAAAUAUCACAAGCACGUAUUGGACCGUUGAUACCGCACCGAACAGUUCAAUAUUAUAUUGAGGGAACUGUGGAUCCCUACGGUCUACUGUCAUGCUCACUUCCUCUCAAACUUACCUGAUGAGGGAAAGAUUUGACUGGUAGAGGUUUACAUGAGGGUCAGUGACCAGAAAGAGGAAAGCUUCAGAUCAAAACAGAAAUUCCUUCAUCUUUACCUCUCACAGUACAAUCUGUUCAUUGAAUAUGUUUUUUUUAAAUCACAUUUCAAAUGUUCUCACUAUUGCUGGUGUCCUCCUGGAGCACCUUUAACCUAGCUAUGACUGAACGAUAGAAGUUGUCUUUAAUGCUAUUCAAUGCCCAGCACUUACAUGUUUGUGUUCCCAGAUUAAAAAUUGCAGCCGUAAAGAAGUAUUAAUUUAUUAUAAGAAAUAUUUAAUUCCAGCCUAAAUUAAUUUUAAAAAAUCCCAUUUUAAUUCAGUCUUUUUAAAAGUUAUUGAAGAGAGAAAUAGGACAAAUCGCCUGCUUUUACAUGUUGUAUUGCAUUGUCGCCUUUUAUCCUUUUUUUUUACUUCUUGUUGUAUUACUUAAUGUUGUCUCAUGUUUUUUUCUAUUUAACAAAAUAUCUCGGCCUCUAUGCAGCUUUUCUUGUCUUAUAGAGAUUUAUUUAAAAUUUAAAACAACUGUUGUGCAUUUUACAUUUUGACAGCACUUUUUUUAUUAUCUCUAUUCCCUGACAACUGAAAGCUGUCACUGUAUUAUAGCAGAUAAACGACUCUUUUCAUUAGUCAAGACUGUUUGCCAAAUUCUCUAAAGAGACUUAUUUUUAACAGUUAAUAUAUUUCCCUUUCUGUUCUCUUGAUUGGCUUUUAUGCUUGGCACAUUUUGGUAAAUUUUAUCUCCCAAAAGAACAUUAAAAAACAAGCACAAUAAUAUCUAUUGUGGUGAUUCCAAACAAUUUAUUAGUGUUUUGUAUUAUUUCUGGUGGUUUCACAGGAGGACAUUUCUACUACUACUACUACUACAGCUUUUUAGCCAAAAUAAUAGAACAUUAUAACUGAUGUAAACAGAUGGGGAAAUCACAUUUCAAUGUACGGAUGAUUUGUAAAUAUUGUUUACAAAACUAUGUGUUUAUUAGAACCACGUUAUUUUUGGUAAACUCUUGUACAUAUCCUGAAAAUUUCCUGUUUGUGUGAAAAAAACAAUACUUAUGUAUUUGUACCUAUUUUGUAAAGGAAUAAAUGAGCUGUUUACUAAACUGA